AUGGGGAAUUGUGUGGUUAAGUCUCACUCUCAUGUCAAAGAUGAAGAUUCUGUUCACGUGGAAUUUGCUUCUGGGAAGGUGCAUCUUAUUAAUACCAAAGAAUCUUGGGACCAAAAGUUAGAACAAGCAAAGGAGGAAAGACAAAUUGUCAUUGCAAAUUUCAGUGCAACAUGGUGUGGUCCUUGUAAGGUGAUUGCACCAUAUUAUUGCGAGUUAUCAGAGCACUAUCCAUCCAUUAUGUUCUUACUAAUUGAUGUGGAUGAACUAAUUGACUUUAGCACAUCGUGGGACAUUAAAGCCACACCAACUUUCUUUUUUCUUAGAGAUGGACAAGAGAUUGACAAACUUGUAGGAGCCAACAAGCCAGAGUUGGAGAAGAAGAUUGCUAGUAUUAAUGUAGUUCCCUGUCGUCAAUAG